AUGGCAAAAUUUGUGCUCGCUGGUAAAACAAACUGCCCUCAUUAUGCCAAAGCGGAACUUUUAGCAGACAGCCUGUCGAGAUCUCUGCCAAACUUCACGGUCCAUAAGAUCUCCAUCCUGCCAGAUGACUGGAAGGAAUGGCUGGAGGCAACUUGUGAAAGAAAUGACUGGAAACAUGAGCAGUCCCCUCUGAUUUGGAGGGAGCUGGUAGAUCAAGGAGGGAAAGGGAUGCUUUUAGGAGGCUUCAGUGACUUCUUGGAGCAUUGUCAGGAAUACUACAGCAUCACAUCAGACAUGCCCACAAAUAUAAUGCUGAGUGUUGCAGCAGAGAACCUGGAGACCAAGAUCAACCUUAUUAUGGAUGAGCAGCAUCGUGUCAGUCUUUUCCAACCACUACAGAUAUGGAUCAGCAGUGCUCUCAGCCCAGUCUGCCACAUCCUGAUCCCCAAUCUGCUCUCCGCUGAGGUGUUCCCGCAAGUUUCAGCAAUCUGCCUCCAUCUUCUGGAUCUGGACGGGAAUGAGGAGGGAUUGCAGUGGCUGAAGAUGGAGACGGAGGAACUGGCACUCCCUCUGCUCCAUCAGGUGGCCAUUCACACAGAUCUGGAACAAGCCUUCCAAGAAGCAGAUGUCAUCCUUCUGCUGGAUGAGUGGUGGUCUGAUGAUACAGAGAAUGAGGAUGAGGAAGAAAAGAAGAGGAAGAUAAAAGAAAUCUCAGACCGGUACACAGAGUACGGACGACUGAUUGACGCAAGGGCGAAUAAGGAGGUGAAGGUGAUUGUGUCCGGCAGCUCAUUUGUCAACCUCAGGUGUUCGCUUCUCCUAAACAACGCAAGCUCCAUCGACAGCCGCCACUUUGUCACCAUGGCGACUCAGCUGGAGAAUGAAGCGAGGGCUGUUAUGGCAAAGAAGUUGAAAGUGAGGACUUCAGAUAUUACAGAUGUCAUUGUGUGGGGGAACAUCAGUGGUAGUUUCUACAUCGACCUGCAGAGGGCAAAAGUGUUCAACUAUGAUGGGCCAAUCAAAGGACCACCUUUCUUUUCCCAACCGGUCCUAGAGGUUUUCCAUGACAGGAAAUGGCUGGAGACAGAGUUUCAAGACUUUGUACGCUGUCAGCGUGCAGCUGUGGUUUCCAAGACCUGCCAUCGAGCUGCCAUGUCUGCCACCAACGGGAUUCUCACUGUCCUAAAGGCUUGGAAUGGCACCUCUAGGCCAGAUGAGGUCUUCUCUUUGGGCGUGCUGUGCUCAGGCCACAACAAUCUCCCAGAUGGCGUGGUCCUUUCAGUUCCAGUAACCUUUGCAGAUGGUAAGUGGUCGGUGCUGUUUGAAGUGACUGUUGGAGACGAGCUGAAGGAGAAACUCCAACUUUCUGCAAGUGAGCUCAGACAGGAAAAAGAACUUGGAUCAGAAAAUGGCAUGAUUGUUAUGAAUGAAGAAGAAGACACUUAGACAUAAAAAAAA